GCGCUCACUCACUAAACGCAGUCCUCGCCCUUUUCCAGGCGGGUUUUACCUCAGGUUGUGACUGGAACUGUCAGCGUAGACUCGAGGCCGCCAGCGCAGAAACUACUCACGGUUAAAUCACAAGCUUUUGUGCGGCUACACGGGACGCGUGUGGCAGUGGGUUAAAGGAAUCCAGAUCCUUCGCCUUCUCCUAAGGGACACUGUGCAAGAUGUGAAGAUUUGUGGAUGUAUGCAGACACAAGGAGCAAAGAUGCAGCCUGCGUUGUACUCGUACUUCAGGAGCUCCUGCUCAUGGAGAGUGCGCAUUGCUCUCGCUUUCAAAGGAAUCGAAUACGAACAGGUUGCCGUCAAUCUGAUCGAAGACGGAGGGCAGCAGCAUGCCGACUCCUUCAAGAACCUGAAUCCCAUGAAGCAGGUGCCAGCGCUCUUCAUCGAUGGGAUCACUCUCUCCCAGUCGCUGGCUAUCAUCCAUUACCUGGAAGAGACCAGGCCCAACCCACGGCUGCUGCCCAAGGAUGCCAAGAAACGUGCCCAGGUCCGGAUGAUCGCUGAUCACAUCACCUCUGGCAUCCAGCCCCUGCAGAAUCUCUGUGUGCUGCAGAGGGUUGGGGAAGAGAAGAAACUGGAAUGGGCCCAACACUUCAUCGCCAACGGGCUGCACGCUCUGGAGAGUCUGCUGCAGCAAAUAUCUGGACAGUUCUGUGUCGGUGACGAGGUGACGAUGGCUGACCUGUGCCUGGUCCCUCAGGUGUACAAUGCGAUUAGGUUUAAGGUGGAUAUGUCUCCGUUUCCCACCAUCACCAAGAUCAACGCCUCCCUCCUGGAACUGGAGCCCUUCAAAGUGAGUCACCCAUCCUGCCAACCCGACUCCCCUCUGACUGCCUGAACCCAGCGGCAGGGUCGCGGGCUUUGCCUUAAAUACCGGCACACUUCUGGCCUUUGAAAAAUAAAGCCAUUUUAUUAAAAAA